CACAUCUGGCGGAUUGUAAACCGACUCGUUCUAGACAAAAGCAGUCGCUCGAGGUGCGCUUAGGUGAGCAGCAGUCGCGAUGGUCAGAGUCUCAAUCAGCGUCACACCGCUGGCCAGAGCCGCGCGCGUCAAGAGCGCAUGAUGUGAAAAACAAAGUGUUCCCGCGCAACAUGAGGACAGCCCUUCUAAUAAUCGCUAGGAAAAACUUGACGGAGUGAAAGAGGAAGGCUGGAUUCCUCUUUCUUUUUUCUUCUGGCUGGCUGAGCAUUUUUAAAACCAUGCAACAUGAAUGUAACUAACAGCACUGGAGCAGAGGGACUCGCGCCUUGGAACUUCAACGGCUCUUUGAGCAAUGUGUCCAGUGAUGCCAACUUCAGCUGUGACAGCGGCAGCGCCAAUGGCUCAUGUGCAGCGGUUGAAGGGGACGGUGAGAGCCCGUAUAAAACGGUGGAGAUGGUCUUCAUCGCACUGGUCACUGGAUCUCUGAGUUUCGUCACCGUUGUGGGCAACAUCCUCGUCAUGCUCUCAAUCAAGGUCAAUCGACACCUACAGACGGUCAACAACUACUUUCUUUUCAGCCUGGCCUGUGCAGAUCUGAUCAUCGGUGUGUUCUCCAUGAACCUUUACACCGUCUACAUCAUCAAGGGCUACUGGCCGCUUGGCCCAGUAGUGUGUGACCUGUGGCUCGCGCUGGAUUACGUGGUCAGCAACGCUUCAGUCAUGAACCUGCUAAUCAUCAGCUUCGACCGAUACUUCUGUGUGACCAAACCCUUGAGUUACCCCACACGCAGAACCACUAAGAUGGCCGGCCUCAUGAUUGCCUCCGCCUGGAUCCUGUCCUUCAUCCUGUGGGCUCCUGCUAUCCUGUUCUGGCAGUUUAUCGUCGGAGCCAGAACCGUAGCACCUGGCGAAUGUUACAUUCAGUUCCUUUCCAACCCUGCGGUCACAUUUGGCACUGCCAUCGCUGCAUUCUACCUGCCGGUGGUCAUCAUGACAGUCCUUUACGUGCAUAUCUCUCUGGCAAGCCGCAGUCGUGUGUCCAAACAGAAGCCUGAAGCCAAGAAAGAGAAGAAAGCCCAGAAAUCUAGCGGCCUGCUCAAGAGUCACAUCUUGAAGCAGAACAACAAUAACCAGUCUCCUCCUAAGCCCAGCCUGGACACCUGCUCCACAGUGGACACCAUGAAGAACGGCAAACUGGACGAGUCUGUGGUGUCCGCUAAAGCCGACUCUUGCGUGCAGCCGGAGGAAAAGGAGAGCUCCAAUGAUUCCAGCACGGCCAGCAUAGCACCAAAAGAGCCCAAAGAGCGAGCAAACAGUGAGGCCACAUCAGACGCAGGCCUGACCCCUGUGCCAGCAGCUGCACCUAAACUCAACCCUCAAUCCAAAUGGUCCAAAAUCAAGAUAGUCACCAAACAGGCAGGAGAUGAAUGCAUCACAGCCAUUGAGAUCGUCCCACCGAACAGCACCGGCGAGAGCCGCUCCAUCCCUGUGAGCCGUCCCCGCACUGUGGCGCGCAAGUUUGCCAGCAUCGCCCGCAGUCAGGUGAAGAGGAAACGGCAGAUGGCGGCGCGAGAAAAGAAAGUGACAAAGACAAUCUUUGCCAUCCUGCUGGCCUUCAUCAUCACAUGGACACCGUACAAUGUAAUGGUUUUAAUUAGCACGUUCUGUCAGUCGUGUGUUCCAGACACAGUCUGGGCCAUUGGCUACUGGCUCUGCUACGUCAACAGCACCAUCAACCCCGCUUGCUAUGCACUAUGUAACGCCACCUUCAAAAAGACCUUCAAAAACCUGCUCAUGUGCCAGUAUAAGAACAUCGGCACCAGAUGAACUGAGGAAUGAAGCAGUCUGCGGAGACAAAGGGUAUGAUAUAGAAGGCUGUCCGGGCUCUUUUGGCCCCAAUAUCUUUUUGAAGCUUUGGAAGGUAUUGCGCAGUUCUUUGUGAGGCUUCAUAGUGCUCAAUCAGUGAGUCAUAAUCAAUGUUUCAUGUAUUAAGGGAUCACUGUUUGCAAGAAGAUGAUGGAGCUCUCACAAGAGACUGAAUCACAGACCAAGUCUUAAAACAAAUGACUUUUCCAGUAAUCUGAUCAUUGCUGGAGCUCUGCACUACAGAAACGUUAAGAUCAACUGCAUAGAGAGAUUUUCAGCAAACAUAAACUAAAAGAAACUUGGUGAACGAAGGGAUUUUUUCAUUCGUUUUUAUUCCCAGUACAGCACAAAUGGUAUCAAUCAAGUUUCUUUUGGUUAGUAUUACCACUGUUUCUGACCCAGAUUCUCUGCAAACAUCAUACAGAGGUGAGGAGGACGAUGGGAGGACAUAUCCAAAUAACUUAUGGAAAAGAUUCCCGCUUGACGUCCCAGAGUGAGUUCAGAUUUGCUAUACCUGCACCUUCCACUUUUCCAAUGAAGAAGACUGAAGCUGCUCGCUGACCUCAACAGCUGUGUUGUUCAUUACAUUCAUAAAGGCAAAUUCAGGGCAUGUGGUUCAGACUGGGAGAAGCUAGACAUCAUGAUCCUCUUAGCGUGAUCCUCUUGAGGUUCUGGAAUAGGUCAGAACUCAAAAGGAUCUUCUCAAUGGAUUGGGAAAGGCAUUACAGAUUUUAUAUGGGAUGAGACACUCUAUACUGAGCUGAGAAAUGUCACUGUAAGGGUUUGAUCUUACAGAGGUGUGUACUGUAAAUAUGUUAAGAUAUGAUGAAUAUAUGCUCUUGAAAGUAUUAUUUCUUCCCUGCAUUUAAUGUCUGGAUGUUUGUGUUCCUCUUGUAUUUAGUUGGUGAUCUUCAUGUGAUUUUACAGAUUAAAUAUUAAAUGUAUUGUUGUCUGUAUGCAAAAUUGCUAAAAAAUCAUUUAUAAUUUGUGAUACAGUAUACUUGGGAAAAAAAAUAGGAAACGACUAGUGCAUUUA